AUGUUGCAUUCAAUUGCGAUGCCACGCGAGUCUGCAUUAUCAGCGUUGUCCUUUCCUGUCUAUUCAUAUGCUCUUGCCUUUGCAGCACCGAAUGUGGCAGGCCUUGUAGUCCUGACAGGACGAGGGCAUCACAGCGACCAUGGCCAGGCGGUGCUUCGGCCGGCGCUGAUCGCUUGGCUGCGCGACGAGCUGGGGGUGCCGGUGCUGCUGGGAGGAACGGGCGGCGGCGGCAGCGCGAGCCCCGGCGGCCGGGCCGGGAGCAUGCGGGUCCGGGCUGCGGAGCUGUGGGAGGCGGUGGCCGGGAGGAAAGAGGCGGCGCCUUUGCGCGGCAUCGCGGUCGGGGCAGCGCCACCCGCCUUGGCAAUCGCGGGCGAGUCGGCGAAGAGAGGCGUGGGUUCGGUGGCGGUCAUCGCGAAUCGCAACAAUCGGCCAGGGAUGCAUAAGGACCUGAAGGCGAAGGUCAUGAAGCACGAGCUGGAACACGGAGGUCACAAGCAUCUGCGCCCCGUGGGGCUUGACAAGCGCACGGGUGGGAGCACGGAGGAGUGCCAGGACUGA